AUGGAAUUGUUAAUAGUUGAGCUGCGCCUGUUUCUUGAACUUCUGGACCAUGAAUAUCUAACUUCCACUGUCAGGGAGAAGAAGGCAGUAAUAACUAACAUUCUCCUGAGGAUACAGUCGUCAAAAGGUUUUGAAAUAAAAGAACAUGUACAGAAGCAAGAAGCUGCCAACAGUUUGCCAGCACCUCCUCAGAUGCCUCUGCCAGAAAUACCUCAGCAGUGGCUGCCACCAGAUAAUGGGCCUCCACCAUUACCAACAUCUUCCCUUCCCGAAGGCUAUUAUGAAGAAGCAGUGCCACUUAGUCCUGGAAAGGCUCCUGAGUACAUAACUUCCAAUUAUGACUCAGAUGCUAUGAGCAGCUCUUAUGAAUCCUACGAUGAAGAGGAAGAGGAUGGAAAGGCGAAGAAAAUGAGACAUCAGUGGCCUUCUGAGGAGGCCUCUAUGGACCUGGUGAAGGAUGCCAAAAUCUGUGCCUUCCUCCUUAGAAAAAAGCGAUUUGGGCAAUGGACCAAAUUACUGUGUGUUAUCAAAGAAAACAAACUACUGUGUUACAAAAGUUCCAAGGACCAGCAGCCUCAGAUGGAGCUACUUCUGAAUGACUGCAGUAUCACGUACAUUCCCAAAGACAGCAAAAAGAAGAAGCAUGAGCUGAAAAUCUCACACCAAGGAACGGAUGCCCUGGUUCUGGCAGUACAGAGCAAAGAGCAGGCAGAACAGUGGCUAAAGGUUAUAAAAGAUGUAUGCAGCAACUGUACGGGAGUGGUAGACUCCGAUGGACCAUUGUCUAGUUCUCCAGUACACAAGACGGAACUGGAAAAGAAGUUGUCAUCUGAGAGGCCAAGCUCAGAUGGGGAGGGUGCUGUGGAAAAUGGCAUCACUACCGUGUGCAAUGGGAAGGAACAAGUGAAGAGAAAAAAAAGUUCAAAAUCAGAAGCCAAGGGCACUGUGACUAAAGUAACGGGGAAAAAAAUAACGAAGAUCAUUGGUUUAGGAAAGAAAAAGCCAUCAACAGAUGAACAGACCUCAUCAGCUGAAGAAGAUGUUCCAACAUGUGGAUAUCUAAAUGUGCUCUCAAAUAACCGUUGGCGUGAGCGGUGGUGCAGAGUGAAAGAUAAUAAACUCAUUUUCCACAAGGACAGGACAGAUCUGAAGACGCACAUUGUUUCUAUCCCUCUCCGUGGCUGUGAAGUCAUCCCAGGACUUGAUUCGAAGCAUCCCCUGACCUUCCGCCUGCUCCGAAAUGGGCAAGAGGUUGCUGUGCUUGAG